UGCCAAGAAUAGCCAAAGCAUGUAGCUUUCCCGCCUCUCGUGUUCGCUCGUUCUGUCCCCUUCCUCCGUUCCCUUCCCCCUUGCCGUCCUCCAGAUCGACCAUCACUUGCAUAGUUGCAUGCAUGCACAGGCGCAAACCGAACGAACACAGUGGAUGCAUUGGCUGCCGGCUCGAUCUGCAGCCACCGAGGAAUCCUGCGGCGAGGCUACCGCGGCGUAACUGAGGAGGAAGGGCCGGAAUGGAGCCGGUCGGCGACCCGCGGGAUGGGCCGUCGACGGAGCGCGCGUUCGAGGGGCAGCCGGUGCCGCCGUGGACGGAGCAGGUGACGCUGCGCGCCGUGGUGGCGAGCGUGGCGCUGGGCGUGGCCCUGAGCGGCGUGAUGAUGAACCUGGUGUUCACGUCGGGGAUCAUCCCGUCGCUCAACAUCUCCGCGGGGCUGCUCGGCUUCUUCCUCCUCAAGGCCUGGACCCGCCUGCUCGACCAGCUCGGCUCGCCGCGCCGCCCCUUCACCCGCCAGGAGAACGCCGUCGUCCAGACCUGCGUCGUCGCCUGCGCUAGCAUGACCUACAGCGGGGGGUUUGGGUCGUACUUGCUGGCCAUGGACCGGAAGACGGCGGACAAGACGAGCACCGGAGACGCCUCCGGCGGGAACGUCAGCGAGCCGGUGUUUGGUCGGAUGAUGGCCUUCUUCUUCCUCGUCAGCUUCGUCGGCCUCCUUGCCAUUGUCCCCAUGAGGAAGACGAUGAUCAUCCGCCACCGGCUGACGUUCCCAAGCGGCGCGGCGACGGCGCACCUCAUCAACAGCUUCCACACCCCUCACGGCGCCAGACAAGCAAAGAGGCAGGUGUCCCUCGUUCUCCGGUCGUCGGUUGCGAGCUUCUUCUGGUCCGUCUUCCAGUGGUUCUACACCGGCGGGCCAAACUGCGGCUUCACUUCCUUCCCAACGUUCGGGCUCAGCGCCUUCAAUCGCGGUUUCUACGUCAAUUUGAACGGAACUUACAUCGGCGUCGGGAUGAUCAGCCCUCACCUGAUAAACCUCUCGAUGCUCGUCGGGUCCAUCGUCUCCUGGGGGAUCAUGUGGCCGUACAUCCGGAGCAAAAGGGGAAGCUGGUACGACUCCGAUCUCCAGGAGACCAGCUUGAAGAGCCUCACUGGGUACAAGGUGUUUUGCGCGAUAGCCAUGAUUCUUGGCGACGGCAUCUUCCAGCUCGUCGUGAUCUCGCUGAGGACCAUACACACCUUGCGCCACCACCAGAUCGCGGCGGAGACGAUCAGGUCCUUCUCCGACAUCGACGCCAUGCCACGGCCGGUGAUGAGCUUCGACGACCGCCGCAGGACGCAGGUUUUCCUGAGGGAGCACAUCCCGAGCACCUUCGCCAUCGGCGGGUACGUGGUCCUGGCCACCGUGUCCACCGUCGCCAUCCCGCACAUGUACGGCCAGGUGAGGUACUACCACGUCGCCGCCGCGUACGCGUUCGCGCCCGUGCUGGCCUUCUGCAACGCCUACGGCACCGGCGUCGCGGAGACCAACUUCUCGGCGCAGUACAACAAGCUGGUGAUCCUGCUGUUCGCGUCGUGGAUCGGCAUCAAGAAAGGAGGCGUCGUGGGGAGCCUCGUCAUCUGCGGCAUCGUGUCCUCCAUCGUCUCCACCGCCUCCGACUUCAUGUCAGACUUCAAGACGGGUUACCUGACGCUCACCUCGCCGCGGGCCACGCUCAUGAGCCAGGUGAUCGGCACGGCCCUCGGCUGCGUCGUCAACCCGGCCAUCUUCACCGUCUUCCACCACUUCUACGAGAUGACCCCGAGCAAGGCGUACCAGGCGCCGAUGGCCAAGAUCUACCGCGGCAUCGCCGUGCUCGGCGCCGGGGGCCUCGAUCUGCCCAAGCAUUGCCUCGCCAUCAGCGCCGGCUUCUUCGCGCUGGCGCUGGCCGUCUGCGCGCUGCGGGAGGUGGCCUCGCACGCCAAGUGGCGCGCGGCGUCGUACAUCCCGAGCGUCACCGGCAUGGCCGUGUCGUUCCUGCUGGUGCCGGCGGCGUCCAUCGACAUGUGCGUGGGCAGCCUGAUCGUGUUCCUGUGGAACCGCCAGGACAAGCUGGGCUCGCAGGUGUUCGCGCCGGUGCUGGCGUCCGGGCUCAUCUGCGGCGACGGCCUCUUCUCCAUACCAUACGCGCUGCUCUCGAGGUACGACAUCAUGCCGCCCAUCUGCAUCAGGUUCCUGGGCCGGGAGCAGAACGACAAGCUGGAUGCUUUCCUCGCGAGUAGGACUCCAGCUGCAUGAUCGUCGAAGAAGAAGAAAUGGGCAUUCUUGUUUGUUCUUUUCUUUUUCUUCCAACACUUGUAGAUUAUUUAGUGGUAGAACUGAUCUUUUCACGUAGAGCGAAAUGGACUUGUGCUUUUCAAAAAGUUGAGAAUUUGAAUCCAACGGACAUACUAUGGCAGCCCAAAUAAAUUCAGUUAAGAAUUUGAUUCCA